AUGCCCAAGGUCAACAGUUAUGCGCCGGCUUGGCUGUGCCGGCCCUCGCCAGGUGCCAGCCUCUUCACGAGCACUUCGGUCAAAAGCCCUGCGCAGGACUUGCAGAGCCGAACAAAUGUUUCCGGGGCCAGCGGACCGACACGAACGAUCGCGAAGAGGGGCCACGAAGUGUUCGCCGUCGUUGAUAAUGAAAUUCGCUGGUCGAACCUCGCGCGGCUGAAGGAUCAAUGGGAACAACAAGGCAAACAGAAAAAGGCAUCCGCUGGACAAUCUAAGGCGAAGGCAGAUGGCUCGGAAAUUCCAUCUUACCGGGUCCUGGCUGUACCCGUCUACGGUCUGAUCAAGCAGAUCCUCCCCUCGCCGAACGGCGCCUUUCUUGCAAUUGUCACCGAGCACACCGUCCACAUCUCUGUCCUCCCGGAUUCUUCGCAUCUCUCAUCUACCGAUAAUGCUCCGAUUCGCUUGAAGACGUAUCAACUCGGCCCUACCACCCAUGUUAUUCCGGAAGCACCGGUGGUCUCGGCCCUAUGGCACCCGUUGGGUCUGCAUACCAACCUCAGUGGCUGCAUAGUUACUGUCACGGCAGAUUCUGCGGUGCGUGUGUGGGAGUUGGACCGAAACAACCACUGGUCGUUUGAUCAGCCUACGCUGGCUGUGGAUCUCAAGAAGCUCAUCGAUGGAACGUCAUCCGAUCAGGAUUUCACGCCCUCUAAAUUUAGUAACAACAAGGGCUUUUCUGCCGACAUUAUCGAUAUGGAGGCCAGCUCGGCUUGCUUUGCGGGGAAUGGGGACGAACGAGAGGACGCGUGGGCACCGAUGACUCUCUGGGUGGCAAUGAGACCAGGCGAUCUCUAUGCCCUUUGCCCUCUUCUGCCGUCCAAGUGGCAGGCUCCUUCGACCACAAUUCCCUCUCUCUCCGCCGCCAACGGACCCAAACUAGCCGCACUUAGAGAUGGCGCUGAGAACCAAGAGGAGCAGCUGGCGGCAUGUCGGCAGCAGUUUGAAUGGUUGCGUGAAAUUGACAACCAGGUGUCUCUGGAACCAUCAUCUGAGUCUGGCGUGAUAGAGGGAGCGGAUGUCUAUACUCGCCCAGCCAAUCCAAGCGCCAUUCCGCGCUUGCAAGGGCCGUUCCGCUUUGAUUACGGUGAGGCAGUAGAUGAUCUGGAUCUUUGUGACAUCCUGGUAAUCGCUGCCAGACUGGACGUCGAGGACCUAAUGGAAGGUGAAGAGGAACAACUGGCUGUGGAAGUGAGCGAACAAGACAAGCUCUCGGCCACCGUUAUCUGCCUUUCCAGCACAAAUGGCCGCGUUCACGUCUGCCUGGAGCUCGAUGGCGUUGAAGGCCAGUGGUUGCCCAAGACCGCAAAGAAUUCGACCUUCCAAACCCCUUGGUCGGAGCCAUCUGACAUGAUCUUGGUUGAAUCGCUGGACACCCUCAAAUCAAGCGAAGUUACCUCGACUACCUGGCCCACUUUCACCAAGGAUGUCCUUUCACGGUACUCCUUCUUCGUCACAACCGCAAGCAAUGUGGUAUCUUUCUCCAUGUCUUCCUGGGCGCAAAGGCUCGAGGCCGAGUUGCAAACAGAAGACACAUCUGGCUCUGAAUUCCGCCUCGGGGUCAUUUGCGGUGGAGACAUUAUUAAAAGACAGCGGAUACUUCAAGUCUCGGAAGCGGAUGUCACUUCUCAGAAUGAGCACCUGGCCGCAUCCCUGCUCUUUUACGAUUUUGAUCUUGGCUAUCUACUCAUCACCUAUCACCCCUCGAAUCCAUACGCGGCCAUUAUGGAUGCCCCAGAGGAGUCCUUCUCUGCGGCAAUGGAAUUGUAUGAACACAAGCUCCCGGCACCUGGUUCCCCUAUUGUGCCUCCCCGCCGAGCUCCGUAUCAAGUUCCCGCCGUUCUAUACGCGAACUCCCCAUUGGAUUCGUUCGUCGAGAAGCACGUUCCUCACCGCCAGCGACACACUCUCAAGGAAAAUGUUCGCAUGUCUCCAGCAACUCUGGACCUGGUCACCACCGCCCACCGAGUACUUUCCGCCCACACCAACGCCCUCGAGCGAGCCGCCUCGGAUCUGUUCCGGCGAUGCGAGCGUUUGCAGGGUGAGAUGAAAGACCAGCUCAAACAGCUUUCGGACGUUGCAGAGCGUAUCAAGGGUGUAACGAGCGAGAUUGACGAAGACGGCAAUCGCAAGGAGGCAGUCCGAGACAGCAACGCCCUCGACAAGAGGCUGCAGGCAGCAAGAGACAGACAGGAUCAACUUGUGCAACGGUACGACGCUUUGCGCAAGAAGGUUUUGAACUCUGGUGGCCGUCCCCUCAGUGAAAAGGAGAAGUCAUGGGUCGCAGAAGUCAACACCCUCUCCGAGUCAUUUGAUGAUGGGCAUUCGAAGGAGGACGAGGAGGAAAACCAGCGGAUUUCGCAGCGUUUGGGCAUGGCCAAACGCCUUGCCCUCGAUCUGAUGGCCGAAACAAAGUCCAUUACAUCCAAGAUGCCUUCUCCCAGCCAACCAGGAAGCCCUGCUUCACCUGUUGGCUCUCAACCCAAGGUGCCCCAACGGUUGCAACGCGCCAAGAUCGCCGAUGCGAUGAAAAUGGUUGAACGGGAGUCUGCUGUCAUUGACGCCAUUACGUCUCGCCUGGAGCGACUGAACACCAGUUUGUGA